AUGGCGACGGUACGCACCAUGGGCAACGGCGACAGGGUAGUCGCGCUGGUCAAAAGACGCGAGAGCGUGAGCAACGAGGUCUCCUCCACGUCGAGCGACGACUGCCGCACUGGCAACACCGACGGCGUGGUCGAGUUCAACACGCUGCGCAAGUCCCGCUAUCGGGAGUCCAACUCGGACAACGAGUUGGCCCGGCCCCGCGUCCAGGCGAGGGCCCACCACAAGUCCAUGGGCAACAUCCACGACGCGUACAGCAGGGAGGCGAGCGGGAUCAGGCACGGCCAGAACAGCGUGAGCAACAUAGACCUCUCGCUCCACGGCGGGCCGAAGAAGUUCGACGCGCUCCAAAUACCGAUAGUCGGCUACGAGGUGAUGGAGGAGAGGGCUCGCUUCACGAUAUACAAGCUGAAGGUCGAGGACGACGCCAGGGACCAGUCGUGGCUCGUGUUCAGGCGGUACACUGACUUCGUCCGGCUCUACACCAGGCUGAGGGCGGAAAGACCGGAGCUGAUGCUGCCGCUGCCGGGGAAGAGGUGGUUCCGGGACAACUUCGAGCCGGCCUUUCUGGAGGAGCGCGUGAGGGGCCUCCAGGUGUUCGUCAACGCGGUGAUAGCGAAGCUCCCCAACCACCCGGCCGUUAGGGAGUUCUUCUGCCUGGACGAGCCGCCGCAGGUAUUUAGCUACCAGCCCGAAGUGCAAGCGGUGUACGGUGCGCUGGAGGACUCGAUAGCCACCCUGAAGAUGCAGCUCAAGCAGAAGGACGCGACGAUAAUGCACCUGCAGAGGCAGAUCAGUCAACUGGAGGGCAAGACGCGCAGCUGUCCGAACUGCAACGGCACCAAGUCC